CCAAAUACCUUAUCUUCAAACUUAAAAUCUUUUGAUCCAAAAAGUGAAUCUGUAACAACUGAUAUACAAAAGAACAGAAAAAGAAAAAACAAGAAAGAAAUACAAGAAAAUGAUACUAUAAUAGCAGAGGCAGUCACUACUAGGAUGG